AAUAUUAAAAAUGCUAAUUACAAGUUCCUUAACAAGAAGAAAUAUUUCAAGGGUGAAACCACAAUCUUUCUCCUUCUUCAGCUCCUCCAUCGAGGUAGAAUUGCCAAAGUUCAAGGUUCACAGAUUAGAAGAGAGUGAGCUCCCAACAAAGGCAACCACUACCAAGUCUGAACUUCUGAACUACUAUAAAGAUAUGGCCUUAAUGAGGAGAGUCGAGAUCGUUUCUGAUAUGCUCUAUAAGAACAAAUGGAUCAGAGGGUUUUGCCAUCUCUAUGAUGGACAGGAAUCCAUCACUGUUGGAAUGGAAGCCGCCCUAACCAUGGAGGAUCAUAUCAUUAAUGCUUACAGAGACCAUACUACUGCAAUGGGUCGGGGACAUACUUCAUACCAGAUUAUCGCAGAAAUGAUGCAGAGAUCUACUGGUAGUUCUAAAGGAAAGGGAGGAUCAAUGCAUUAUUAUAGCAGUAAGAACAACUUCUACGGUGGAAAUGGUAUUGUUGGUGCUCAAGUUCCAGUUGGAACUGGAGUCGCCUUUGGUAUUAAAUACGAAGGUAAAAAGCAGGUCUGUGUUUCUAUGUACGGAGAUGGCGCAGCUAAUCAGGGACAAAUCUACGAAGCAGCCAAUAUGGCUGGUCUUUGGAAAUUGCCAAUUAUCUACACUUGUGAAAAUAACAAAUAUGCUAUGGGAACCUCAGUUGAAAGACAUGCUCAUAACACUGACUUCUAUAAGCGUGGUGACUUAAUCCCAGGAAUAAGAUGUGAGGCUAACAAUGUUUUUGCUGUGAGAGAAUUGUAUAAAUGGGGAAAGAAGUACUGCACAGAUGGUAAAGGUCCUCUCUUCUUCGAACUCCAGACCUACAGAUACCACGGACACUCCAUGUCAGACCCAGGUAUCACCUACAGAACCAGAGAAGAAGUAACCGAAUACAGAAAGACUCAGGACCCUAUCCUCUUGGUCAAAAAAUGGAUUUUAGAGCAUGAUAUCGCCACUGAGAAAUACCUAAAGGAAAUCGACAAGGAGAUCAGAGCUAGAAUUGACGAAGAAGUCGAACAGAUCAAGAACGAUCCUAUGCCUGCCCCAGAGGAGCUCAUGACUGAGAUCUACGAGGGUCAAGAGACUGAAAAGCCUUACAUCCGUAACGUUGACAUGAUUUCGUCGAUCAACAAAAACUUUGAAUAAAUAA